GCGCCGCCGCGGUGCUUCGGCGGAGCCUCGAGGCCGCCGGCCGCGGAGCCGCUCCAGGCGAGGCGGCGGGUCCGGGAGGAGGUUCCAUCAGCAAAAUGCAGGCCGUGGAGGAGAACGUGCCCCUGAAGGACCCGAGCGGUGCGGAGAGCGGCUCCCGCCGGCUCGGAGCCCCGGGGCCGACCCGGCAGGACAAGAGCAGCCCCGAGGACCAGCCUCCCCGUCUGACAGAGUCAGUUAACGAUGUGCCCGAGCUGAGCCGCGGGAUUGGGAUGGAUCAUGAUUCCCACAGGGAAGAGAAGGUUUUACCUCCAAGCAGUUUGGAAGACCAGGCCAAGGAGACAAUGCAUGAUGCCUUUUGGGAUCACCUUAAAGAGCAGCUAUCAGCUACGCCCCCAGACUUCAGCUGUGCUCUUGAACUUCUGAAAGAAAUUAAAGAGAUCUUGCUGUCGCUGCUGUUGCCACGCCAGAGCCGCCUAAGAAAUGAGGUCGAGGAAGCUCUGGCCGCCGACCUGCUGCAGCAGGAAGCGGCGCGCGGGGACCUGAACGUUUUCCGUCUCUCCAAGUGCAUCCUCAGCAUGAUGACCCUGCUGUGCGCGCCGGUUCGGGACGCGGCCGUGCAGAAGCUAGACGGCAUCACAGACUCCGCUCUGCUACUGAGGGGGAUCUUCCAGGUUCUGGGCCUGAUGAAGAUGGACAUGAGGAACUACACGCUGCAGAGCCGCCAGCCCCCCCUGCGCGAGCACUCCAUCCAGCGCGAGCGGGCGCAGUUCCAGGAGCGCCUCAGCAGGCAGCCGGGCCUCCUGGACCACACCACCAAGUGGCUGAGCCGCGCGGCCGCAGACCUGAGGCCGGCCCCCGGCCCCGACGCUCCCGCCUCCAGCGCGGCCGGCCCCUCUCCCGGCGAGGCAGCCUCCGGGCCCGAGCCCCUCAGCCCCGCCAUGGUGCUGUCCCAGGCCUUCCUGAACCUUCUUCUCUGGGACCCUGACGACCAGGAGUUCCCUGAGACGCUGCUGGCGGACCGGGCCCGGCUGCGGGAGCUGGAGGCGCAGCUGCGCCGCCUCACCGUCCUGGCCUCCGUCCUGCUGGUGGCCAGCAGCUCCUCCGGCAGCGUCCUGUUCGGCUCCCCGCAGUUCGUGGACAAGCUGAAGCGCACCACCCACGCCCUCACCGAGCAGUUUGAUUCCAGGCCCGAGGAGGCCAUGCUGACUGUGAGUGAGCAGGUGUCUCAGGAGAUCCAGCAAAGCCUCAAGAACAUGGGCCUCGCGGCUCUGAGCAGCGACAGCACGGCCUCUCUGGUGGGACAGCUCCAGGACAUCGCCCACGCGCAGAACUGUGUCCGCAGCGUCGUCGAUCAGCGGAUCCACCUGUUUCUCAAAUGCUGCUUGGUUCUCGGUGUGCAGCGCUCUCUGCUGGACCUCCCCGGAGGCCUCACUCUCAUUGAGGCAGAGCUGGCAGAACUGGGCCAGAGGUUUGUCAACCUAACGCACCACAAUCAGCAGGUGUUCGGCCCCUACUACACGGAGAUCCUGAAAACCCUCAUCCCGCCGGGCCAGGCCCCGCAAGCAGGAGUGGAGUCCCUCUGACGGACCAGCCCCGAGCCUGGCGCCUUGAUCCAGGAGAGAAGCCCAUCAUUUUCCUGGGUGACAUCACAGCGACCAGCCCAGCAGCAGCCUCCCUCCCUCCCUCCUGCAGCCAGUACCAACGCUGUAGUGAUCACACAUGUAAACACCACCGGCCCCAACGCGUUCACUAAUAAACCUGUGAACUGCAAGC